AUGGCUUCAUUAUUACACAGCUUCCUUCUUGGAUCCCUCCCCGACCAUUGUCAACCGACAUCGCCCUUCUUGACCGCCGUCUCCUCGCAUCUCCACAUCUGCAUCCCCACACCACUAGCGGCGAUCUCCUCCGUCCUCGGAACCCUCAGCAUUAUCUCCUGGCUAUUUGCCCAAUUACCACAAAUAUACAAGAACUACCAGGUUCAAUCCACCUCCGGAUUAUCGAUAUUCUUCCUCGUGAUUUGGUGUCUAGGUGACGCAAGCAAUCUUGUGGGGGCUAUUUGCACUCGACAGGCGGGAUGGCAGGUAAUAAUUGCCAGUUAUUACGUCUGCGUGGAUGUUGCUUUGGUGUUCCAGUUCUUCUGGUAUACUCACUAUAAAUCCCGCCAGAAUGGAGGGUAUGACAACAUGGCGCACAUGCGCGACUCGGACUGCAUCAUACAAGGGGUUGCUGUUCCCGAAUCGGGAUUGAACCAUGCGCCCGUGAUGAACAUCAAACAAUCGGAAGCCAAGGAUAUGGGUGUCCAGGCAGGAUCGGUCCGCAACUCAGCCGGCGGAACACCUUCAUACUCAAAUGAGAAAAUGAGUUCCUCACGUCGGUCCACCCGGGUCGCCGGAAGCGCCAACAGCCCGCCCUUCGCAAUCCCCCGCACCAUGUUAAUGGCAUCACUACUCUGUGCUGUUCUGGCCAAUGCCGCUCCAACCGAGAAACCCCACCCGCCUAUCUCCGAUACUCCCAACGAAGCCAUCAUCGAGAUUGUCGGUCGUGUCUUUUCCUGGAUGUCGACCAUCCUAUAUCUCGGUUCGCGUCCUCCCCAGCUGUACAAGAACUACCAGCGCAAAAGCACAGAAGGUCUUUCGCCGCUCCUGUUCAUGGCUGCCUUCUGCGGGAAUCUAUUCUAUUCCAGUUCUCUCAUCACGAACCCCAACGCGUGGUCUGACUUUGCCCCAUACGGCGGCGGCGGCUGGUCCGAUAGUCAUGGCAACGAUCGCUUGGAAUGGAUUGGACGCGCGACACCCUUUUUCCUUGGUGCAUUCGGUGUCCUGGGGCUUGAUGGGUUUAUGGGAAUCCAAUUCCUGAUGUACGGCGAUGGUCCGCAGAAUGAGGAUGAUGAGAGUUUCGUCAGUUCCAGCACUGGAAAUGACCGGAAGCCUGGCCGUGGUCGUCGCUGGAGACGUGUUCAUGGUUGGAUGCGAGGAUGGAUCCCAUCUUCUUCACCACCGCGCGAGCAGUCCUCGGUCCAGGAAGGCCAGGCUUUACUGGGCGCGGAGCCUAGUCGGUACGGUACCGUUUAA